UUGUGGAAAUACCCCACAUGAAGAGAAGAAUAGAACAGGCAAUUCUGGCGUCUUCUCUCCAGACACCUUGAGCAAUGGGCACCAGGGAAGUUUAUCAUCACACACACAAGACCAGGACAGAAAUAUUGAAGAACUAGAAAUGACUGGGGCACAGAACUUAAUACCCAGUCUGAGACCUCGGUCAUCCCUUCUGCCAUUAAAGAGUUCUGGUCCUUCUUGCCCUCUAUUGCCUUCAGAAACCAAUGCUGGUGAACUCUAUUUUGUGGAACUGGUUAAAGAAGAUGGGACACUUGGAUUCAGCGUGACUGGUGGGAUUAACACAAGUGUACUCUCUGGAGGUAUCUACGUGAAAUCCAUCGUCCCUGGAGGGCCAGCUGCUAAGGAAGGGCAGAUACUUCAGGGUGACCGACUUCUGCAGGUGAAUGGUAUGAGUCUGUGUGGCCUCACCCAUAAACAGGCUGUGCAGUGCCUUAAGGGUCCUGAGCAGGUUGCAAGACUGGUCUUAGAAAGAAGAGGUCCUAGGAUUGCACAGCAGUGUCCUUCUGCUAAUGACAGGAUGGGAGAUGAACACGUGGCUGUUUCCUUGGUAACAGCCUUGCCUGGCAGGCCUGCGAGCUGUGUUUCAGUGACAGAUGGUCCUAAGUUUGAAGUCAAAUUGAAAAAGAAUGCCAAUGGCUUGGGAUUCAGUUUCGUGCAGAUGGAGAGAGAGCGCUGCAGCCACCUCAAGAGAGAUCUCGUGAGGAUUAAGAGGCUAUUUCCAGGGCAGCCAGCUGAGAAGAAUGGGGCCAUAGCAGCUGGUGACAUUAUCCUGGCAGUUAAUGGAAGGCCCACAGAAGGCCUCAUCUUCCAGGAGGUGCUCCAUCUGCUGCGAGGGCCCCCACAGGAAGUCACGCUCCUCCUUUGCCGACCUCCUCCAGGUACACUGCCUGAGAUGGAGCAGGGAUGGCAGACACCCGAACUCUCAGCAGACAAAGAAUUCACCAGGGCAACAUGUACCGACUCAGAGUGGAGCCCCAGCCUGGAUCAAGAGGAUAGCUGGAGGGAUAGUGCUUCUCCAGAUGCAGGGGAAGGCCUGACUUUCAGGCCAGAGUCUUCCCGAAAGGCCAUCAGAGAGGCACAAUGGGGCCAAGACACAGAGAAACCUUGGGCCAGGUCCUUGACACAUCCUCCUGAGUCCCACCCUCAUUUAUGCAAACUUCACCAAGAAAGGGGCACAUCAACAUUGGCGACCUCUUUGGAAAAGGAUAUGAGGCAAAACUGCUAUUCAAUUUGUGAUAUCAGGAAACUUGCAAGAUUUUCCUUGUCAUCUUCUCUAACCAGACUCUCAACAGAUAUUUUCUGAGCACCUUCUCUGCAUGUCUGCAGCACUGUGCAAAAUGCCCUGUCUCUGCAUGGACUGCUCUUUCUAAUCAAGAGGCAUGUGUGGUGAACUUGGGGCAGCUCCUGGAAGGUUUAUCCUUUGACCAUCAUGUCUGCAGCUGCAUCACCAGAUAAUGCGCCUCACCAUUCAUCUGUUUCCUGUAUUCUUCUAUGGGGAGUAAAUGUCACUCCAGCUGGCUAUCUCUCUAAAUAGGCACAUUUUCAGUGCUCAGAAAAGGACCUGAUCUUUGCACCAAGUGCUUUGAUAGUUGUCUGCUUGAGUCACUCCCAGUCUCUACCUUGGGCCCUUUCCUUCUAAUCCCUAUGUUGAAAUAGUCAUCUUAACCACAGUCAUAAUCAUUUCAUACUUGCUAAAAACUUACCUUGCAUCAGGAACCAUGGAAGGGCUGUGUCAGAGUUGUAUAAUUUAAGUAUCUCAAUAAUCCUAUAAGCUUCCUGACCUUCGGAUUUUCAGACGAGAAAACUGAGGUUCCAGAGAAGUCACUAAACCUGUCCAAGGUCA